UAGUCUUCGCUUGUGUGUUUGAGAGAUAGAAGCGUGUCUUUACCCACCGGACGGAUAAGAAAAUUGCUCUGAAUUUCAAUGAAUUUUGUUGUGAAACCCCUAGUUUUUCUCACGAAGAUUCCUAAGUAUCCGAACUAAAGAAAGCACACGCUAGAAAUGGUCUGGAAAUCUUUCACAAUUUGCUAGCCCUGUUGAAAAAGCCGAUACUAUCUCGGAGAAGUUCGCUAAGCUGGUCUUUUGUUUUUGAUGCCUGCUUGAAAUACAAGCUACAGCUACAUUUUUGCUGGACUGGAAAGGACCAAAGUUGGAAUUAGGGGACUUGGUGUUUAAUAUGCUCAAUGGUGUCUCAAGUAGAGGUCUUAAGCGAUCGGGAAAAAGAGCUUCUUGCCAAUUACGAUAGCCGCUUGUAUGGUUUUCUCCGCCAAGAUGACCCUGUAGGGGAUCCAUCUUUACCUAAUCUAACCCACAGAUCUCUUUUGCUAAAGGGAGUGGCUUUCUUUGAGAAAGAGUUACAAACCGAAGGAAACGCUGCCCAUCCAGCUAUUUUCUGCAAACUUGGCCAUCUUCGUUUAUUGACCGAGGACCUACCAAAAGCCCUAUCGGCCUACCAGAAAUUCUACAAUAUCCCCCAAGUCAACUAUUGGAAGGAUGCACCAUUCUUGUAUGGACUUGGGCUAGUUUACUUCCAUUUUGCCACAUACCAAUGGGCAAUCAAAGUUUUCCAGCAAGUUCUCUACCUUGACCCAGGAUUUAGCUGUUCCAAUGAGGUCCAUCUUCGCCUUGGAAUUAUGUUCAAGGCUCAAAACAACUAUGAAGCUAGCAUUAAGCACUUCCACAUGGCAUUGAUGGACUCCAACCCCUGUUCACUCUCAAAAACAGAAAUUCAAUUCCACCUUGGACACUUGUUUGAGAUGCAGAAUAAGUGCCAACAAGCCCAAGAGAUCUAUGAAGCGUUGAUUGAAUCCCCUGGUCUAAACAAUACUGUUAAAGCCAAUGCUUACAAACAACUUGGCUGGAUGUAUUAUAACAAGGAGCACCUAGGUGACAGGGCUACUAGGAUGCAGAAGGCGGUACAGCUGCUACAGAAAGCCAUAGAGACAGAUCCAAACAGUGGCUCAUCUUGGUAUUUGAUUGGCAGGUGUUAUGCCAUGCAGGGCAAGGUUCACGAUGCCUUCACAUCAUAUCGGCAUGCCAUUGACAAGUCAGAGGCCAACGCAGAUACAUGGUGCUCUAUCGGGGUGCUCUACCAGCAACAGAACCAGCCCAUGGAUGCCCUGCAGGCCUAUGUGUGUGCCAUUCAGCUGGAUCCAGCGCAUGUGGCCGCUUGGACAGACCUGGGAAUCCUGUACGAAGCAUGUGACCAGCCCAGUGAUGCCAUACUUUGUUACAGUGCAGCAAGAAAAUAUGGUGCGACAGACUCAUCUAUAGAGGCGCGUAUCAAAUCUCUCCAAACAAAGCUUCCUUUUUCAAAACCGGUGGACAGCCAGAAAAAGAACCUACCAUCAGUUGGAGAGGCAUGGAAAUUGCCCAUCCCAGCUGAGCUCACCACAAGAACCAUACGGAAUGCCCAGGUAUGGUACCAAGACACUAGCAAAGAGACAAAAGCUGUUGACCCAAGUCUGGACAGCUCAUCUUCCUCUGAGCCGAUGCAGCAGUUAUACCUACAGCAGCAGCAAAUCAAGACAGCUGCCGAGAUGGAGAAGAAUCACGUUAAACUGGUGCAUGACGUGAACAGCACCGCCCUGGAUGACCUAGAGGUUGUUGGAAUGCAUCAGAGCCAGCCAAUAACAGUACAGGUAACAGCAUCUCAGGACUUCACCCUACACAAUGGCAAUGGUUUGGUCCAUGGUCCAACACCUGUGGUUUCAUCCCAGCAGUCGGCUCCUGUCAUUAUCGCAAGCAGUUCUGGGGAUAUUCCUAUGGAACUGCAACCUUCCCAAAUGGCCGGCUCCCAGAAUGGCAUCCCACAGUCAACAUCAGGAGUUUUGACUUCAAUUAAUUCUGAUCCGAUGCUCUCCUCAUCUUGUAUAUCGACUGGGAACAGGGCAGAUACAUUCAGCAGUGCUCAGGUUCAUGCAGAUUCCUCGUUACUCACUGUGCAGUCCAGUGCUAAUACGGGUCAAGCAGGCCUUUUGACAACUUCUAUGGACAUUUCAUCUGACUCUCGCAAGACAGUAGACACUGUUGCUAGUUCAAACGCUUCAUCAAUGCAGCACCAAGAACUAUUAUCUGUUGACCCAGGGCUGAAUAAUGGCCCCGUUUCUACUCUAUUUGACAUGUGUGGCAGUUCUGCUGCUCCCUUCCCCUCCCCAAGCUAUGUGACGGCAUCAUUCUCUACUGGGGUAUCCUACUCGCCCAGUCUAAGCCAACCCCUCACAGUCAACCCAUGUAGUCUAUCCCCCACAAGUAAUCAGCCCCAGCUGCUAUCACCAUCAUUAAUGUCACCCAGUGUCGGUCUUGCACUAGCCUCACCGAGUGCCAAGUCACCGUUAUUGGGCGGCGCAUCUGGAAGCACACAGGUGCCCAAGUUGUGUCUGUUGAAGGAUCCAUCCAUUAUACCAAGUCCACCCAAAGCACCCUACCCACCCCUCCCUACAGACAAGCUAUCCCCACCGACACCCAGUAUUUGGGUUGAGAACAAGCGUGAUGCCUUCUCUCCAGUGCUGCAGAACCUUUUGUUGUCACCAUCAAAUCCUAUCACUGUUGUCAGAGGCUUGGCUGCAGCUUUAAAGCUUGACUUGAGUUUGUACUCAACCAAGACACUGGUGGAGACCAAUGCAGACCACCAAGUGGAGAUCAGAACACAGAGGCAGCAGGCACCAGAUGAGAACUGGGAUGCACAAGGAGAGAAGAAAGUCUGGUUGUGCGGGAGUAGUAGAUCAUUCACAACAAUAGCAAAAUAUGCCCAGUACCAGGCAAAUACCUUCCAAGAAUCUCUCAAGGAAGAGCAAGAGAUGCAUCACAGGAGUAUUCACUCAGACAGUGAUUCCUCCUCAAGUUCAAGAAGCAAAAAGGGCUCCAAGACAUCAAAAUGGAAGUGGAUCAAAUUUGGCACAAAUGUAGACUUGUCUGAUGAAAGAAAAUGGAAACCUCAGCUACAAGAACUGACCAAACUACCACCAUUUGCCAGGGUUGUGUCACCUGGGAACAUGCUGAGUCAUUUUGGGAACACCAUCUUAGGCAUGAACUCUGUUCAGUUGUACAUGAAAAUACCAGGCUCCAGAACACCAGGUCACCAAGAGAAUAAUAACUACUGCUCUAUCAACAUCAAUAUUGGUCCUGGCGACUGCGAAUGGUUUGCCACACCCUACGAGUACUGGGGCGUUAUUCACAACCUGUGCGAAAAACAUGGAAUCAAUUACCUGACAGGUUCAUGGUGGCCGGUGUUAGAAGAGCUAUAUGAGGAGCGAGUGCCAGUCUACAGAUUCAUCCAGAGACCUGGGGACCUGGUGUUUAUCAAUGCUGGGGUGGUGCACUGGGUCCAGGCACUGGGCUGGUGUAAUAAUAUUGCUUGGAAUGUCGGGCCUUUGACAGAAACCAUCUUUAACAUCGCAAUUGAGCGGUAUGAGUGGAACAAAUUGCAAGGAGAGAAGUCAAUGGUAGCCAUGAUCCAUCUGGCUUGGAACCUUGCCAGAAAUAUCAAGAUCACUGAGAAAGCUCUCUAUGACCAUAUCAAGUUGAUACUGGACAGAUCCUACAAGUACUCCCUAGUGACAAUAGAAAAUCUUAAUCGCGGCGGUAUUGACGUCAAGUGGCAUGGCAAGGUGCAGAACGAGGCUCCGCAUUACUGCGCUCAGUGCGAGGUUGAGGUGUUCAACUUGUUGUUUGUGACGAACAACAGAAAGCACUUGGUGUACUGUCAGGACUGCGCCCGCAAGACCAGUAACACUCUACAGGGCUUUAUUGUAUUGAAUCAAUACACGCUAGAAGAGUUGGAUGAGACGCGCAAGUCAUUCAGGCUAUACAAGAUGUCAACAUCUCUUGACGACCGCAUGGCGACCGCGCAUGCACAGCCACCCCAAACGCUCACCCAUCCCGCUGCAAGCUACAUGCAACAACAGGCAACGUAGCCCCCCCCCCCCCCCCCCUGCAUGACCAUCACGCGGACAAGUCAUGGACGUCACUUGGUCAUAUCAUAUUGACUUGUAGGAAAUUAAUGUCACGCGGUCACACCACAACGCUUGUCACGCGGUUGCGUCACGCAAUCUGAAUAAUUUUGUACAGAUGGAUAUAUAUAUAUUUUGUAUAUGCGUAGGUCAGAUAGAUGAUUUCCUGCUUAAGGUAAUUCUCCACAUUUACGUGAUAUAUUUAUUGCUCUUAUCUAGCUCUCUAGUCGAGUCAUACACUUGCCUUUUCUGGGCUAUAUAUUUUUGCUGUUUCUACCUAUCUUGUGGCAGGCACGUGACGAGAGCGAGAGAAAGUUCGACGCGCACUACAGUGGCCACUUUCUAGAAAGUUAGCCAAUAAGCAAGCGAUAAAACGUUUUGAUUGACAGAUACUAGAUUGUGGGGGAAUCCGUCCACGCUGGUUGCCUAAUGACAUUGAUGCCAAUUAAAUAGCACGUUUCUCGCAUCCUGAUUGGCCUACGUCACGAAACUUUUAAGGUGGCCACGGUAGCACGCGCCGCAUUGUAAUCCCAGGUCGCAUUGCAGAACACUAUCUUGUUACUCUCGUACUACGAGAGUAACAAGAUGACUUGUUACAAGUGACUUGUUUAGCGUUUUGGUCUCGCACGUUCGCGUUUCUGUCUCACUACAACACCUCCCUUUCUGUUAAAGGUCAGUUUGACGGGUUUAUUCGCCUGGAAAAAUGUCAAUUACUUCUAUUUAAACUCUAGUCUACUACUGUUGGAUUUCUGUCUGUAUCAAAAUAGCGAUAUAAAUUAAAAUUAUAUCGAUCUAUCAACAACAUUGAACCACAUGUACAAGUUCCAAUAAUUCCUUAGAAUUUUCAUAUAUUAUCUGCACUUGUUUUCUCGCAUUCUCUAGGCCAUUUUCAUAAAAGAUGUGAUCUUAUGGUUCCUUGCAUUGUCUAGGCCAUUUUCAUAUAUAUGAUUCGUUCAUGAUUUCACGCAUUUGCUAGGCCAUAUACAAGUCUAAUCUGCUCUUUUGGUACAUUAUCUAGGCCAUUUUCAUAUAGUAACAGCUUUUUUGGUUUAUAGUACUUUUUUCUGAUGUUUUCUCUAAAACUUUUCUCUAAAAAUUGCCGCAGCUGUUAAUUAUGCUGUGAACGUAACUUGCGCAUUAAGCUACUUUCUAAAAGUUCUACACUGGAAUUCCUAGAAAUCUUGUAACUGAAAGUUAACUUUUCAAACUAUAAGUUACAGCAAAGCUUUCUAGGAACUUCAGGAACAAUGUAUAAAUUCCAAGCAAAUACUAUAAUAGGAAGACGAAUGUAUAAGGUUUUUGGGAAUUCUUUGAAAUCCUAUAACGGAAAGUUAACUUUCAUAAAAUUCGGUGCUAUGUGUCAAGGGGUCCAUACACAAAAUUUUAAUAGUGAUUUUUUUAGUAUAAAGUGAUUAAAGUUCUGUGUUUUUGCGCACAUUUGAAAUUCUGCAAUCUUAAUUAUCUGCUGCUUAUCCAGUUUGAUACACGGAGGAAAUACACUUUAAAUUCUACGUGCUUUGUGUGUCGUUUGAGAUUAGCCUCCUCCACAGGCAUCGUUUUGCCAAGAAAGCAGCAGAAAAGAAACACAGACGCUCGGGAUUCCUGUGAUGAUGCGUCGAGCGGGUCACGAGCGGUUCUCUCUUUCCUCUUUUUCCGCUUUUGGCAUUGUCCCCUCCCCCGCUUAACAAAGGAAUUUGUCGACCACAGGAAUCCCGAGUCUCGGUUUCUAACGUUCAGAGACACCUGCGGAGGCGGCUAGUUUGAGAUAUUUGUGUGGAGUUUAGAAUAUGUAAUAAUUUACUUGGUUGUCAAUUUAGUGUUAUUUGCGCUUAUUGCAAGCUAGGGAUAUUUUUUAUCCUGGCUAAUAGGGUAUUCUAAUUUAAUGCCUUGUAAUAUAAGACGAUUUAUUAUGGAAAUAAAAUUCAUUCAUGCUUA